CAACCAGAGCAAAGAAGCGUUUGAAGACUGGACUCGUCAUGAUGACGCCCAGGACCACUUCUGUGAGCUGGAUGAUGACACGGCUCCUGAUACGGAGUAUGUGGAUCUGAUAUUUAACCCGGAGCGCUACACGGGCUACAAAGGCCCCUCGGCCUGGAGGGUGUGGAACAGCAUCUAUGAGGAGAACUGCUUCAAGCCCAGAUCAGUGUACCGGCCUUUAAACCCCCUGACUCCCAGUCGAGGGGAUGAUGAUGGUGAGGGCUUUUAUAACUGGCUCGAAGGCUUGUGUCUGGAGAAGAGAGUGUUCUACCGCCUCAUCUCCGGCUUGCACACCAGCAUCAACAUCCACCUGUGUGCUGAUUACCUGCUGGACGAGGGGUGGGGGAAGGAGUUGUGGGGCCCCAACGUGCAGGAGUUCCGUCGGCGCUUUGACCCCGCGGAGGCCAAGGGUGAGGGCACGCGUCGGCUGAAGAACCUCUACUUCCUCUACCUCAUCGAGCUGCGCGCCCUCUCCAAGGUGGCGCCCUACUUCGAGCGCGCCUUCGUCAACCUGUACACGGGCAACAUCCGCGAGGACCUCACCACCAAGGAGCUGCUGCUGCGGAUCUUCAACGAGACCAGAGCGUUCCCCAUGCACUUUGACGAGAAGUCCAUGUUUGCAGGACACAAGAUAGAGGCCAAAAUCCUGAAGGAGGAGUUCAGGCUGCACUUUAAGAACAUCUCUCGCAUCAUGGACUGCGUCGGCUGCAGUAAAUGUCGCCUAUGGGGGAAGCUACAGACGCAAGGACUGGGAACUGCCCUGAAGAUUCUCUUCUCGGAGAAGGAGAUUAAGAACCUUCCGGAGAACAGCCCCUCCAAGGGCUUCCAGCUGACCCGACAGGAGAUCGUAGCCCUGCUCAACGGCUUCAGCAGAUUAUCCACAAGCAUAAAAGAGUUGCAUAACUUCAGAACCCUGCUGGACGAACACAGGUAACAAUGGUCACCCUGGCCAACAGGUGGCGCCAUCUCCCCUCCUCUCUCUGUCCCCAGAAACACUGCAAUAGUCUUACCCAUCCCCCCCCCACCACAUCUCACCACUCAUCCAAACACGCGAAAGGCCACUUUCAGGGACUUGCAGGAUUUACGUCUAAGAAGAAUGGUUAAGUAAUAACUACAAUAACGAUAAAACAAGCAAAAAAUGAAGAAAGAGAAAAAAGAAAAAAAAACAAGCACCCAACCAACCAAAUCACCACCACGCCACGUGAGGUUGGCGUUUGGUCCUCGUCAUGUGUCUUGCCCGCACUGGUUACGGGAUGCCCGCAAGGCUGCCGCUGUCUGUACCCGCUGUGUGUACCCGCUGUUUGUACCCGCUGUGUGUACCCGCUGAUGUGGACCCGCUGAUGUGUUGGUGGCUGCUCCAUGCCUGCUGCGUAGCUGCUGUGCUGAUGAAAAAAAGCCUCCCUUACAAAUAGCGCUCGGGCUGCUCAUAGAAGACUGUGAUAAGGAACAACAACAACAACAACAACAACAAGAAAAAUCAACAGCAACGAAAGACCUACUCAAAUUAACUCUUCCGUAGAGCAGCUUUUCUUCUACAGCUUGUUGCCAAUGCAGAUGACAGUGUUUUCAUUUUUGUGUUCUAGUACUGUUGAUGUUUUUGUUUAUUUAUUUGUUUGGUGACGAGGACAAUCCCUUAAUUGCCAGGGGCUGAGUGCCUCAUUAUUUUAUUGAUUUUAGUUUUGAUUAGGGUUGAUUUGUUUGUUUGUUUGUUUGUUUGUUUUCUGGAGAAGGUUUAAGCUACCCAGUGUGUUGUGUGUGUGUGUGUGUGUGUGUGUGUGUGUGUGUGUGUGUGUGUGUGUGUGUGUGUGUGUGUGUGUGUGUGUGUGUGCAAUGAUCGUGGGUAUUUGUGAAGGCCACGUCUUUAAUUCCUAAAGUGCUGAGUUUUUAGCCCAGUGCAGCAGCAACACAGCUCUCUCUCUCUCUCUCUCUCUCUCUCUCUCUCUCUCUCUCUCUUUCAGCAUCAGUUCAUUCAGUGGCCUCAGCUUUUCCACCUGCCUUCGUUCAUCAUUCAUAGGAUUGCCAUUUAUAGCACACACAUAUAUGUAUAUAUAUAUAAAGGAAAGGAUAGUGGUUUAAAUACUAAUUUAAUUCUGUUCAGUGUCACUUUUCAUGAGUAGUCAUGGAUACUGUAACUAUCUGUUUGUUUUUUUGGCUGCCAGAGAGGAGUAAUAGUGUUGGGCUAAAGAUAGAUGGACCGUGGUCGAGAUUGAGAUUGAGACUAUACCCCAGCUUCUGUGUGUGUUUGUGUGUGUGUAACCCUAUCCUCACUCAGUCCUAGUUGUGUUAUUUGUUGCAGUGCUUUGCAAACCUACAGAAAACAAGCAAGAGGUUUAUUGUCAUUCAUUAAUUCCUGACAUUCCAAAUGUUGAUAUAUUGAAAACAUUAAUUAUUUUCCUGGGUAAAAAAAAUAGUCCUGACGUCUAGUGGAGUUUGUGUGUGCUAGUCUGCUAACGCAGGGCAGCACAAGGUCUUCCUUAACGGCUGGAAUUAAAGUAAAAUAAGCAACUAAAGAAAGAACGAAAGAAGCAAACAGACUGAAAGUGACGUCAGCAGACAGAGGAGUCUACUUUCCUCAGGCCUCGUGUCUUUCAUUCCGAGAAAAGAAAGGAAAAGAAAAUACGAAAACAUCAGCCAAGCUCUCAUCCAAUCGCAGCGCAGCCUUUAGAGGUCAGAGGUCACCAGCAGGUGUACAUUCUGAGAGAUUUAUUUUUCUUGGUAAAAGGGGCGAGGUCAACCUGUGCACCAGUAAUUGAAAUGUCCCGACGUGUGUGUGUGUGUGUGUGUGUGUGUGUGUGUGUGUGUGUGUGUGUGUGUGUGUGUGUGUGUGUGUGUGUGUGUGUGUGUGUGUGUGUGUGUCUUGUCUGGUUCCCUGCUGUGGUUUAACUACUGACGAGUGAAGUUUUCUGUGUUCAGGACCAAAGAGCUUUUAUUUUCAUCUUCCUCUCUCUUCCUCAGCUAAGCUGCCUGUUUCCUUUAGGAUGUCCGUCACACUUUGCUUUCGCAUGUCUGUGCGUUGGUUGUGUGUUUUCGUUUUAGGUCUUGCAGUACCGCAGUCCUUUGGCAUUACUAGCAAUCUGUAUCUAGCUAAAAGGCCUGAUGUCAUAUUUAGUGCUAAGAGAGAAAAUCUAUUUAUUUAAACUAAAAACGAAAUCUCCAAGCCAAUGCCAAAAUCCUGAGACCUUUCUUGUACAGUUUAGCAAAUCCAGUUCACCUGCUAAGACUUUCCCAGUGCCUCUAUAGGAGAUGAUAUGGCCAUGACCCCCUGCCUUCCCUUCCAACCCCAAGCCCCCUUGUCCAGACCAGCGCUCUCCACCCAUACAGCUGGUCUUAGCAGACUAGCCGCAAGGGAGGGAGGGGGUGUGUGUUUGAGACUCUCCCCACAUUUCAGGCAGUCCCUGAUGAGUUUUGAAGCAGCCCACACAAUGUCAAAGGGGUGUUUACUGUCGAGAUUCUCAGGUCUUGUUCUGAGAAGAAUAGCUGCGUGUGUGUGCGUGCACGAGUUUGUGUGUGUGUGUGUGUGUGCGUGCACGAGUUUGUGUGUGUGUGUGUGUGACGGGAGUGAGAGCUGCCUCUGAAACACACCUAGUGCACUCAUCUGCCUUAACCGUGUGCUUAAACAAAUAAUCUAUUUCAGAAAAAAAUUAAAACAUGUUCUAGAAUCUAGCCCACUUUCCUGGACCAAUCAGACCCCAGAAGAACAGUUCUCUCUCUCUUUCUGCAGCUUUUCUCCCUUCGUUAUGUAGUGUUCCUCUCGUCUGCCUUCUUGGGGACACGUUUAAAAUAUUGAGCCUCACAGAUUUGUCAAAUUUGUUUGAUAAAGAAGGAUAUAAGAGCUUUCUUUUUUUUUUUUUUGGUUCUUUUCAAAGUCUAUAUAUGUAUAAGUGCACCUAUAUUGAUGUGUAUACUUGUUGAGUAUAUUUAUUUGAAGAGAGAAAUAAAAAAAUCUGAUUGUCUGACUGGG